AUGCAUUCCACUUGCCAUUGUCAACAAUUCGGACAAGUCAUUCCAGUUGAAGAAAGGAAGAGAUUUUAUUUUGAUGUCUUUCAAGACAUGGAUUUGUUGUUUUCAUUCAAUGAAUCGAAUAUUGAAUUUGUUCCAUUCAAAUUUUCUGCUUUUCAAUUGGAGGUUGAAAAAUUCGAUGCAUUUCCAGCACCUGUCAAUGCAAACUACCCCUCUCAACAAUUAAUUGCCAUGUUUCAAGUGUUCAUUCAUAAUUUUGAAAGUAAUGAAGCCAUGAAGAAGCCAAUGAUAGAUCAUGUCCUUCCAUUCACAUCCAAUCCUGCCAUUGAUUUGCGCUGUUACUACAGAAUCCAAGAUGGUCUCAUCAAUAUCUUUAGAGAUUCCAUUCAAAUGUAUCUUUUCAAUGGAACACAAUUUGUAGAUACCUUCAAUCGUGACAACACUUUUCUCCAAUUCACCAAUUUACAAUUCGGAAGUAUUGUGACCUUUGGAUUAUUCGCCACUCCUUUUCAACCUCAAUUAGGUGAAAACAUUCUCGCUCAAUACUCUAGCAAAUUUCAAUUUUCUGUUCCACCUCAAGAGCUCUCUCAAUCAUGGCAAAUCUCAUUUCCCAAUAACAAUCAAAAUCCUUCCUAUUUUGCCUUACAAAGACAAGUUCCAAGUCAAGAUCAAGUUCCACAGGGUUAUGUGGUAGUGAGUGCUGUGAAAUACAUUCCUUCACAACCCUCUCCAAAUAUUGAAAUGUGGGAUUGGAGAUUUCAAUUCAACUCUCUAUUGGGUUUUCAAGAUGUUUCUUCAAACAAAAUGACUGCCAUUGAUCCAUUCACUUUGCAAUGUGCAUGUGGAGAAGAAGAAGGAAAAGCUCUUCACAUCACCACUACAGACAAUACGCUCAGUAAUUCCACUGUGUAUUGUUUGAUGGGAAAUUUAUGUCGAGUCAUGGCCAUUGUUGCAAAACCUUCCAAGUUGAAUGAGCUCAAGGUGGCGACUCACUCUUCAUCACUUAAGAUGCAAGAGGGUUCACUUCGACCUCUCAGAGGAAUGAAUUACUAUCAAUUAACGGUUGAGAAUUCAAAGGUUGCCAUUGUGGUGCAAGUCAAAACUUUCUCUUCGGAAGGAAAGUUGUACGUACGAAAGGGAGCCAUUCCAUCUCCUUACUUUUCUGAUGAUUUCCUGUCGUUCCGAAAUGCCAAUGUUCCAAAGACAUUGGUCCUUAUCAAUGAUGAUGAAGAUGACGAACAUGUGGAACUACAUGCUCCAGUAGUUUAUUAUUUGGUCAUUGAACAUGUAUUUGCAUCAACAUCUGAGGAGUCGACUUUCGACUACUCGAUUGGAGCGUUUCUCAUUCAGAAUGGAACCUUCAAUCCUUCCAAUCGUGAACAGUUAACAGAAGCUCAACGUGUGGGUAUUGCCUUUGGAAUGACUGUCCUUUUCAUGUUGGUCCUUUGUGCUGCUGCAGUGAUUGUUGUUCUUGUGUAUUGUUUGAGAAGAGUUGGAUCCAAGAAAAGUAUUUACCUGAAUAUGUGA